AUGGGAGCUCUACUUGUAUAUGUUGGCGUUUUACGGUACUUCGGCUUCUUCAACCAAUAUAAUAUUCUCAUUCUCACCAUGAAGAAGUCGAUCCCAAAUAUGCUGCGAUUCAUGUCGUGUGCUAUAGUCUUGUAUGUUGGGUUCCUUAUUGCUGGUUGGGUCAUCAUCGGACCGUACAGUAUGAAGUUUCGGACCUUGGGGGAGUCAUCUGAAGCUCUUUUUUCCUUAAUGAAUGGAGAUGACAUGUUUGCGACGUUUUAUACUAUUAAUGAUUCCAACACUACAAUCAAGGUUUUCGGUACUGUGUACAUAUACUGUUUUGUCUCAAUGUUCAUCUACGUGGUUUUAUCGCUCUUUAUUGCUAUAAUAAUGGAUGCAUACGAGGUAGUCAAGGACCGUUAUUCUUACGGGCUUUCUGUGGAACACUCGGUGCUCAAAGACUUUGUGGCGACGGCUCCGUCCCUCUCUGAAAUGAACUCGCCAACAGCACAAGCACAAUUUGCUCCACAGGCGCUUUUGAAUCUCGGUCGGUGGGUUAUGCUUGCUUAUUGCGCAUGUGUUCGCUUUUUCACCUUUUACUAA